AUGGCGUUAUGGCGUUAUGGCGAUCCGACAUUCGGGUGGACGCUAAACACGCAUAGGACCACAGAGGCUAGACCCAUUCGUCAGGUCACUUUGCCGGAGUGGUUAACGGGAUCGCCUGCUAUGAAGCACGAAGAGCGGUUGGGCUUUGCCCGCAGUCUGGUCAUGGGUUCCUCUGCGAAGUUUCCCACUGCCGAAGUUUGGCUCCCUUGGAGCCAAUCCAAGCAGGAAAACAAGAUGUCAACUGAUAACGGGGCUGAAGCACAUGUCAGAACCAAGUCACUCAUCGAAGUUGCUCAUAGCCUCGUCAAUCCAAGGGGCAAGGGGAUUUACGCUACUGAUGAGGAUCCAAGCGAAAUCCAAGCGCGGCUGAUUGCUGCCCUCGGAGAAGCGGGGAAGAACAUUUCCUGGACUGAGGCGCAAGCGGUAGAACGAAGGAAACGAUGGAGAGAAUGUCUGUACGAAACUAUGCCAACGGAAUACAUAUCGGGAGUUAUCCUCUAUCCAGAGACAUUGCACGACUUUAAGCUUGCGCCCGUCCUUGCAAAUCGAGGUAUCGUCCCUGGGGUCCGUGCCAACGGUGAAGAAUAUCCAAUCCCUGCCUCACCUUUGGAGCCAGCUACCGAUGGAUUGGACAAUCUUUUACCUCGAAUGACGAAAGCUUUCGAUGACGGUGCCCGAUUCGCCAAGUUCCGCACUGGUUUCAUGUGUACCAGCCUCGCUACCGGAGGGCUAGCCACUCAGCUUGCUAUAGAUACUCAAUCAGAGACUCUCGCCAGAUUCGCCUCAAUCGCCCAGCGUGCUGGCUUAGUCCCUAUCGUUGAGCCCGACGUAGAUUUCUCGGGCGAUGCUGACCUAUCUCGUAGUGCUGAGGUACACGAGAAGGUAAUCAGCGCUAUAUUUGCGAGAUGCGUCGCCCAUGGUGUCCUGAUUGAGGGGGCGCUCAUCAAGCCAUCUUUCCCCCAGCCGGGCCUCAAACAUCCGUCUCGUCAAUCAACUUCUGCCGUUGAUAUAGGCCUCGCGACGGUCAAGGCUCUCAGUCAUGCUUUACCCGUCGCACUACCCGGCGUAUUAUUCUUGUCAGGUGGGCUUUCUGAUGAAAACUCGACAGCUUACCUGGCUGCUGUCAAUCAACUCGUCGACCAAAACCAAGAUGGAAUUCACGGCCGGUUGCCUCCGCUUACCUUCUCAUUUGGAAGAGGUCUGCAGGGCGAUGCAAUGUCGAAAUGGGUGUCUGGAGAUGAAGAUGGCGCCAGACAUGCCUUCAAGGCAAGAGCGAAGGCUUGCUCCCUCGCAGUUCGCGGCAAGGUAGAGUAA